AUGGACUCCGGUAGCGAAGAAGAAAGUGUUUUAGACGUUGGGGAAGAACAGUUAUUUGAAGAGGACUUAGAAGUUGACGAAUUCGCAGAAACAUUGAAGCUAAUCGAAUCGAACGCCGAAGAAAUUGACCAGCAAUUGUUGGACGCGAUCAGCGAGGUUGGUGGUAAUAUUGUUCAAAUGCUACUAUAUUCCAUUUUGCCACAUGGUUAUAUCAUGGUUUGUUUCUUGUAUAAAUAUAGGUAGAAGGAGCGAAGCACUUUCAAUGUCCAGACUGCCCAAAAGUUUGCAAGUCAAAGGGUGGUUUAACCAGGCAUCGUCGAAGCAAACAUCCUGAUAAAGAAGAGCAAACAAUGGCUACUAUAAACAUUCCACCUAUAAACAUGGAGAUUAUAGCAAAAAUCAUUGCUGAAACUGUCGAGAAACUGCGAGAAGAAAACAUUUAUCCAAAGGAAAUUCUCGACAUUAUAUCCAAAUUGAAGCCCAGUGAAUCCUUUCUCAAGUUCAUAACCAAGGUUUUUCGUUUGUUCUGCAGAAAGCUCAACCAGGAUAGGAUGCUGGCAUUGUUUUAUGGCGAAAUAAUCAAAGAUUGGAGGGUGUACUUUCCGCCUUGUGACAAUCAAAAGGCUAUAAAUGUUUUGCUAAUUCACCUCCCGCAAAAGUUGGUUGUCUAUCAAACUUGCAAGCAACAAGCAACGUGAUGAUCAGGUAAGGUGUACUGUCAAUGUUAUUUAUUAAUAUAUGAUGUUUGUGCUACGUGGUGAAUGUGUGGUAAAUUUUGAUUUGGGAGAAUAUAUUAAAAACAGGAACUAAACUAGCAAAACCAUGGCCAUGCUAAUAAAAAAUACCACCUGAAAUUACCAACACCAACCAAAAGUAAAAUAAUGCUUCCUAUUAACCGAUUGAGUUGCCUUGCGCCCCACUUUAUUAUUUUACUCUGUCUAACACCAGACGAUUUUACCCAUCAAGGGGAGAGCGCUGGUGCUUAAUGGGUUAAAUACAUUAGGUCUGCUGGGCCUAUGGCACCUACCUUUUGGGAUGGGUAAAUUUACACAAUUACACAAUAGGAAUUUCUACAAAUUCCCUUCAACAAUCUGCCUUUAAUAAUUUUAGGGAGAAGAUGAAAUUGGUUUAAAACCAGAAGAAAUUGGUCCUCUCUCCUAUGUUACUGGGUAUGUCCUGCAGUCCCUCUACAGGAAAAGUAAAAACUCAAAGCACUGGAACUCUCCUCGUAGUCAGGAACUGCAGUUUCUACUUCAGUCCCUAAAACUUGAGGAAACCAAAGAAGACCAAUACAUUCAGUCUUUAUCAAGAGGCGGUCUUUGGACCCCAAAUGAAACAAUAAAAAACAUUGCUAAAACAACAGAACUAAUGUUUCGCCAGCACCUAAAAUUGAACAAGAGUGCAUCUGUUCCCACCGAUAAAGUUGUAGACCAGGUUCUUGCAACACCUGCUGUGACAAGUUUAUGGGAAAACAUCAUUACUGAUUUGGAUUCUCAAAUUUCUUCUGAGUGCAACAAGCUUGCUCUGGAAAACUUCAUUAAAUUGUACGUUCAAGUCCGUAGCUUUUCCUAUGCUAGAGACAUAGUUAGUAAAUACAAGCUGAAGGAGAAGGCAUUGAGGAGCAAGGCUUUGAGGAAGGAACUGAAAAAUGCAGAUAUUUUAUAGAUGUAUAAAACUGUGGGCACUGAACUACAGAAUAAAGACAAACAGAAGGUUGACUCAGCAAAAAAAAGGCGUAACUGCUCCCACGCCAUGAUUUGUCAUCAAAAUGCUUACGCCAUGGUCCUAACCAGUGUGCUUAUGAGGUGCUCAUUCUCCCUUCUGGACGUCCACCAUUUUGAAUAUUAUAAGUGCACUGCCAAUGGUUAGGACCAUGGCAUCAGCAUUUUGAUGACAAAUCAUAAGUCAGGCUUCUGUAUAUAUAGUCUCUAUUAUGUGACUGAGUGCUGCUUGUGUAGUAUUUAUUAUAGGCAUUAGUAUAAUUUCAGUAUUGAAAAAUGGCCUUUGAGCAUUCUGAUUGGCUCCAUCAGCAGUAGCUCUGAGGUAAUAGUUACUACUCUGAGCAGUAACUGUUGCUUUUCUCAAAAAAUGGCUGAAAAUCAAACAGAAGUAAAUUAUUUAUUCGGUUUGUUUCAGCUCAGUGAAUAUAGGCUUGUAGUUGCCUUCAGCGAUUAAUUGUUAAUUAAGUAG